AUGUCUCCUCCUUCUGCUUCUAUCAAUUCCUCAGUGUUCGUCCUCACAGGGUUCCCUGGCCUGCAACAGUACUAUCCCUGGAUCUCCAUUCCCUUCUCUUCAAUCUACGCCAUGGUGUUCCUGGGGAACUGCAUGGUGCUCCACGUGAUCCGGACAGAGCCAAGCCUACACCAACCCAUGUUCUAUUUCCUGGCCUUGCUGGCCCUCACUGACUUGUGCAUGGGACUGUCCACUGUGCACACGGUGCUGGGCAUUCUGUGGGAACUCAGCCAGAACAUAGGCCUGGAUGCCUGCAUUGCACAGACAUACUUUGUGCAUGGUCUCUCGUGCACAGAGUCAGGAGUCCUUCUCGCCAUGGCCUUUGAUCGCUUUACUGCAAUUUGCAACCCUCUGAGAUAUACAACCAUCUUGACAAAUGGUAGAGUCAUUCAAAUCAUGAUAACUAUUUUAAUGAGAAGUGCCUUGUCCAUUCUUCCUGGCAUCAUUCGUUUGAAGUUCUUCUAUUACUGCCGUCCCCACUUCUUAUCGCAUUCAUUCUGUCUGCACCAAGAUCUGCUCCGGCUGGCAUGCUCUGAUAUCCGUUUCAAUAGUUUCUAUGCCCUGGCUCUGGUGAUUUGUACCCUGUUGUUGGAUGCUGUCCUGAUCAUCAUCUCCUAUAUUUUCAUCCUGCACACAGUGCUGGCAAUUGCAUCCCGGGAGGAGAGACUCAAGUCUUUGCAGACCUGUGUGUCCCACAUCUGUGCUGUCCUUGUAUUUUAUAUCCCCAUCAUUGGUCUCACCAUGGUACACCGCUUUGGAAAGCAUCUCUCACCUUUAGUUCACGUCCUUAUGGGCAAUAUCUACAUUCUCUUUCCACCCCUGAUGAAUCCAAUCAUCUACAGUGUAAAGACACAGCAGAUCCGAAGCCGGAUGAAGAAAUGGUUUUCUCUCAAAUUGUACUGA